AUGUUUUUUCCAACUUACGUUGACCUCGGUAAGGCAGCCAGAGAUUUGUUUACCAAAGGAUACAAUUUUGGAUCACUACGUGUCGACACACAUUCAAGAUCAGGAGACGAUCAAAAAAUCGAAUUUUCUAGUGCUGCAGUACAUUCUGUUGCCACGGGAAAACUUGCUGGAAACCUUGACAUCAAAUACCGUGUUCCCGCUUACGGUUUGGUUUUGACGGAAAAAUGGAAUACAGAGAAUGCACUGGGAUCAGUGAUUGAAAUACAAGACCGAUUUGCUAGGGGUCUGAAAUUGAUAGUGGAUUCAUGGUAUACUCCACAAGUUGGCAAGCGAUCAGGUCGAUUUAAAGCCGAGUGGGUGAACAAAAAUGUUACGUGUAAUCUUGAUAUUGGAUUAGAUACCGGUCCUUUAAUGAAUUUGUCUGCUGUCACUGGUUCAAAUGGCUGGCUAGUGGGGAUGCAAACAGCAUUUGAUGUUUCAAGCAGUGAACUUAAGGGUGUUAGCUUUUCACUUGGGAAAAUAGGAACUGAUCAUGUUUUGCAUUCGUUUGUCAAUGAUGCACGAGAAUUUGGAGGUUCAUUCUUCCAUAGUGUAACCUCAAAUCUGAAAAUUGGUGCGAUGUUCGGCUGGGCUAAUGGUGAAGAAAAUGCUCGUUUUGGUUUGGCGAUGAAGUACAAUCCCACCCAAGAACUGGAAAUGAAAGCGAAAGUAGAUCAUGAGUCAAAAGUUGCAGUUGCGCUCACUCAUAAACUAUCAGAUCGGCUGAGUUUGACUGUGUCUGCGCAGUUUGGGAUGGCAGCUUUCAGCGACGAGCACAAAUAUGGUAUUGGCUUAGCAUUUUAUCCAUGUUGUUAA